AUGGCGCCCUCGAACCUUCCGGUACCGCCGAAAGGCCCUCCGCCAGGCUCUGGGAUCCCUGCGAAGGUUCUCUCUGUUCCACCUAAUCAGACACUCUAUGUACGCGGUAUACCGUCAUCUAAGAUACAGAAGGAUGAUCUGCGGACAGCCCUAUAUAUGCUUUUCUCCACAUACGGACCCGUCCUCGAUGUCGUCGCUCUCAAGACAGACAAGAUGCGUGGGCAGGCGCAUAUAGUUUACAGGGAUAUCCAAACAGCAACCCAGGCAAUGCGCUCCCUAGACGGCUCCUCAUUCCUGGGCCAGGAGAUGAAAGUGCAAUAUGCAAAGUCAAAGUCCAACGUCGUCGCGAAGCUAGAUGGCACCUUCAAGCUGCCCAAUACCGCCAGUGCGGCGAACGUCGAGGUCACAGAGCUGCAGCAAAGCAUCUUCAAUGCCCCUGUUCCUGGAUCAGCGGCGGCGCAAUCAAGUCUCCCGGCGAAACCACAGGGCGUAGACCGCGUCAUGGAGGAUGCUGGCACUCCGGAGAGCCGCGGACAAAAGAGAGCCCGUGAGGAUGAGGAUGAAGACGAGGAAGAGGACAGUGACGUGGCAAUGGAGGAGGAUAGCGACGACGAGUGA